GCUGGUGCUGCUUGACCUGACCUGACUGACCUUGACCUGGCCAAAAGUGCCAACCCGGCAACAAAACCACCUCUGCAAAAAGCGACGACGUCCUCACUCCUGCUCUUUCCACAGCAGCAUCCCUCAAUCCCCUACCUUCCAUCAACCUGCAUCAACAACACCCACAUUGCCUGGCAGAGAGCUCCGUUUUGCCCUCGCGAACCGUUGUGUGAUCCAGCCCAGCUACCCACCUAAGAGCACGUGCUCCCGUCAAGCAACAACGAGAACCAAAUCUCAUCUGUUACCUGCCCUGCCAUCACCACUUCCGACAUGGCCGACACCCUCAACUCGGUCACCAACUCGGUCACCAAUGGCCCCGUUGCAGACAAGGUCAGGGAGCAGCACCAGAAGACCUCUGACGAGCUCUCCAACCUCUACGCUUCCCGCCAGACACCUAACAACCCAACCGCAACCGGCCAACCUCUGACGCACUACCAUUCCUUCUUCUCCGAGCUCCUCUCGUGGAGGAACCCUCGCGCUUCCGCGAUCGCUUAUGCCUCCAUCAUCGCCUUCAUCUUCUCGGUUAGGUACCUGGACGUGAUUCGAUGGGGCUUCAAGCUCACGUGGAUGAUCCUGGGUAUCACCAUCGCCGCCGAGGCCGCUGGAAAGGCUGUUAUGAACACCGGCAUCGCCAGUCAGCUCAGGCCCCGUCGAUACUACACCGUUCCUCGUGAGACUCUCGACGUCCUCAUCGGCGAUGUCCACGAGCUGGUCAACUUCCUCGUUAUCGAGUCCCAGCGCAUCGUCUUUGCCGAGAACAUCUGGGCUUCACUGGCCGUCUGCGUGAGCGCCUUCAUCUCGUACUGGCUCGUUAAGGUCGUCCCGUACUGGGGUCUUGCGCUGAUCGGCACCACCGUUCUCUUCACCGCCCCCUUGAUCUACACCUCCAACCAGGAGCUUAUCGACCACCACCUUAAGAACGCCCAGCAAAUCGUUAACACCCAGACUGAGCAGCUUCGCCAGGUCGCCGGCACCCACACCGCCCGUGCCACCGAGCUCACCAAGCAGUACGUCGGCGACUACACCUCCAAGGCCCAGGAGAUGAUCCGGGGCAAGACUGCCUCUCAGGCUCCCCCCUCAGCCCCAGCCGCCCCGGCCGCCCCGGCCGCCCCCGCUGUCAAGGACAGUGACUUCCCCGCGGCUCCCAAGGAGGACAUCAAGGUCGAGGAGCCUGCUGUCCCCGCCCCCGAGAUCAAGCACGAGGGGGCUGAGCAAGAGCCCCUGAUUGCUACCUAAGCGAGCCCAAUACCCUUGGGCGGACUCCCCUGGUCUAUCAGCCACCUUGAAGGCCGCCAAACGGCUGCGGGCAGGCUGCAUUGCGCCACCCAUGGAUCCAGGUGAGGUGGAGCCUGCUCAAAGCUAGCUCGUUAGGGAGAGCAAACAAAGUUGAACAACCAUGGUGUGGAAAACGAGGUCAGUAGACGAAUGACCGGAGGUUAGGUGACAAGGGGAAGGCUGGGAACAUAUUGAUAGGGGUGAGGAUGGGGUUCUGUCUUUCCGGGGUCAGAUCACGGCGUGCAGAGCGAUUGCGUUGUUCUUUUGACUAUUUUGUCAUGUGAAACAGAGAUUGACGCUUCAUGGUUGACGAUGGACGACCGGUAGUCAUUUUCCUUUUUCUCGUAACGGCCAAAGGACCGGGGUAGUCGCGAGGUUUUAUCUUAAUCCACAUUGGUGUCUGUUUUGGUUUCAUAGCCUCUUUGGGCGUUCUCUGAUCGGCCUGUCUUGCUCUGCUUCGCUUUGCUCUGCUCUGCUUUACAUUGCAUCAGUCUGCCAUGCCUUCUUUUUCUAUAGUGUCGUGUGAAUCUCUCUCUCCUCCCCCGUCUCUCUCUGUGUGUGUGUGCAGCAUUGCUGCAAUAAGCUUGUCCCCAUAGUCAUCUCGAGCAUGGAUACUUUUUGAAUCCUUUGCUCUGCGGAUGAGCCCGGCGCACAUGUAGUACUCCUCUAUCCAGCACGGCUCCGUUCUAGCACUUGUUACCCGAUUCCUUUGUUUGGAUUUGAAUAAGGAGGUGCGUUUGGUGAGACUGUGCGGCUGCUACACGCUUGCCGGGUUCCCAUCAAGGCAAUCCGUGCGUGGUAUUAUACUUCGCAACCACCGUUCUGUAUCACGCCACAGCACACACCUGGACUGCAUCAGAACCAAGAAAACAACCUCGAUCGGGAAUGAGCGCAUAGAAAGAAUAAUUGUCCGUGGGGAUUGUCGUGCCACCACGCUAUUCCAAGGAUGCAACCGGUGGGCAUCGAUGACAACAGACAUGUCUACUAC